AUGGCUAAGCUUGCCUUUUUAGUCCACGUUUUUUUCGUCGCUCUCUUGUUAGUUUUUUCACAAGCUGGACCAAUAAAAGAUGAAUCACAAACUUCAGUCGGCAUAGCAGAAAUACAAACCACUCCUGAUACGGAGCGCUUUGUAGUAGUUGUUCAACGUAUUGAUGAUCUUGUAGAUGAUGGAGGUGAAAUUCUUGCAGAGAAAAUCUCUGCUGUUGUCAUUAACUUUGACCUAAAGGAUGAAGCUUUAAUGGUGAACAAUGUCCCAGUUCCAUUGAACGUUACUUCUGUUCAG